GCGGAUGAUGUGGAAUCUGCCGAGAUGAUGCUCAAGAUGAUUCGGCAGGCGUGGCGUCGUUUACGUGCGCUACGCGCUUGCGUGAGUCUGGCGUAGUUCCCUGCACGUCUCAUCCUCUCGGCUGAGUCCUGCCCGGUGCUGUCUUCACGACUUUACACAGACAAUGGCCGUUCCUCCAACAUAUGUGGACCUGGGCAAGUCUGCCAGGGACAUCUUCACCAAAGGAUAUGGUUUUGGUCUUAUCAAGUUGGACUUAAAAACGAGGUCAGAGAAUGGAUUGGAGUUCAAGAGCUCCGGUUCGGCUAACACAGAGACCAGCAAGGUCGCAGGAACACUGGAGACCAAAUACAAGUGGGCAGAACACGGCCUGACGUUCACUGAGAAGUGGAACACCGACAACACUCUGGGCACAGAGAUCACUCUGGAGGAUCAGCUUGCUAAAGGGCUGAAGCUGACAUUUGAUUCCUCCUUCUCUCCAAACACUGGCAAGAAGAGCGGGAAGAUCAAGAGCAGCUACCAGCGCGAGCACAUCAACCUGGGCUGUGAUGUGGACUAUGACAUCAAUGGCACCGCGGUGCACGGAGCCGUGGUCGUGGGUUUCGAGGGUUGGUUGGCCGGAUACCAGAUGACUUUUGAGGCCGGGAGGAACCGGGUCACCCAGAGCAACUUUGCUGUGGGCUACAAGACCGACGAGUUUCAGCUCCACACAAACGUGAAUGAUGGAACAGAAUUCGGUGGCUCCAUUUACCAAAAAGUGAAUGAUAAUCUGGAGACGGCGGUCAACCUGGCCUGGACCGCCGGGAACAGCAACACCCGCUUUGGCAUCGCUGCCAAAUACCAGAUCGAUGCUGAUGCUUCUUUCUCGGCCAAAGUGAAUAAUUCUAGCCUUGUUGGUCUGGGAUAUACUCAAACCUUGAAGCCUGGCAUUAAGCUGACCCUUUCUGCUCUUCUGGAUGGGAAGAACAUUAACGCUGGUGGCCACAAACUGGGUUUGGGUCUGGAGUUCGAGGCAUAGAAAGCUGAGGAUUGCAAUAAUCCUAACUUGUUUUCUUUUGUUUUUUGUUUUUUUAAAUAUCCUACCCUCACACACCUUGUUCUCUUAGAUGCCCUGGCCAAGAAAGCGCACUAUACUCGGUCAAAUAAUGCAUUAGUGAUGCUCACUUCUCAGGAAGUGCAGCGAUAGCAAUUUACUAGGUCACAUGGAACGAAAGAAGAGCAUUUGCAAAGUUACAAAUGGCUUGAAAAAUGUAUUUUCACUACACUCUACGUUAUUUAUUACAGUGUUGAACAUGACAAUAUUUUACAGAUGUUUAAUUUUUGGGAAGGGUUGGGAAGAAAAGGAGACGUUUACAUCAGACAACACUAAUAUUAGGUCACAACAUUCCUGAUCUAUGGUUUUCACCACAACAAGCUUAAAAGAAGGGACCCGUAUGUACCAGAUGACACUCGGAGGGCUGCUGUAGGAGCCCGUCAUGUCUUUAGUUGUAGACACCAGAAUUUUGGGUGCGUUUCGUGUUUUUGUCUCGUCUGUGUGAGUGAAACCACACCUGUAUUUUGUCCGUUAUUGUUUUGUCGCUGCAUACUGCCUGUACCUUUGGCAAAACUCUUUCAGCUCUCCCUGAACAAAAGGAGAUUGGAAACGAGCUUCUGACGUAUCGGGGAGAGCAUAACAGAUUUGAAUAGGUGGAUGUAGUCUUCCGUUUUUAAAUGUUGGAUUAGAAUACUGUGGAUUUAGCAGUAUGGAUACUUUUAGUUGAAUAAAACAUUUCAACCUGGACCACACUA